GCAAGAGCACGAGACUAGCCCUAACCAAGAUGGCGGAGUCCGAAGAUUCUGGAAGCGAACUCAUCAAAAUUUUCGUGAAAACUCCAAAAGACAAGGAGACGGUCGAAAUUGAGGCGACCUCAACGAUAACAGACUUUAAGGAGGCCAUUUCUCAGAAAUUUGGGCAGCCAGUUGAGCAACUGUGUCUGAUCUUUGCGGGGAAGAUUCUGAAGGACCAUGAGACCUUGGAGAAGAUUGGAAUUAAGGACGGACUGACUGUUCAUCUGGUCAUCAGACAAAAAGUCGGCUCCCAGCAGCAGGGUGGUGGAAGUUCUGCUCCAGCUGCCUCCAGCACAACGGCACCCCCGGCAGCCGCCGCUGGUACUGCACCUGGGACUGCACCUGGGACUACAGCUGCAGCCGCUGCCCAGCCGCCGCCAGCUGCAGCACCUUUCGGGCUGGCCGGGCUGGGGGGACUGACCGGGAUGGGCAACCUGGGCAUGGGGUCAGCCAACUUCAUGGAGAUGCAGCAGAGAAUGCAGCAAGAGUUGCUGCGGAACCCUGAUAUGCUGACCCAGAUGAUGGAGAACCCGUUUGUACAGAGUAUGAUGUCCAACCCUGACCUGCUCAGGAACCUCAUCGUCAGUAACCCACAGAUGCAGCAGCUCAUGGAGAGGAACCCAGAGAUCACCCACAUGUUGAACAACCCGGAGUUGAUGCGACAGACCAUGGAGCUGGCCAGAAACCCCGCCAUGUUCCAGGAGAUGAUGCGCAGUCAGGACAGGGCGCUCAGCAACCUGGAGAGUAUCCCAGGUGGUUACAACGCCCUGCGGCGCAUGUACACAGACAUCCAGGAACCCAUGAUGAACGCAGCACAGGAACAGUUCGGCAACAACCCGUGGGCCUCACUCGUGGGCGGGGGUACCAGUAACCCCCAGCAGGGUCAGGAGAACCGGGAACCCCUGCCCAACCCCUGGGCCCCGCAGGGCUCCAGUACCACAGCCGCCACCACCACCGGUACAACCACCACCACCGGCAGUACCACAGCCAGCUCACCGGCUGGUCAGGGACUGCCUGGAGGUCUGCCUGGAGGAAUUCCCACGUCAGGCAUGUUUAACUCCCCGGGGAUGCAGAGUCUGAUGCAACAGAUGGUGGAAAACCCACAACUCAUGCAGAACAUGCUACAGGCACCCUACAUGCAGAGUAUGAUGCAGUCGAUGGGACAGAACCCUGAGAUGGCCUCACAGAUCAUCGGUAACAACCCCCUGUUCCAGGGUAACCCUCAACUUCAGGAGCAGAUGAGACAACAACUGCCCAUCUUCCUGCAGCAGAUGCAGAACCCUGAGGUGCAGGCUGCGGUGACUAACCCCCGAGUGCUGCAGGCCAUCAUGCAGAUCCAGCAGGGCAUGCAGCAGCUACAGGCAGAGGCACCCAGCCUGCUGCCAGGGUUGGGUGUUCCCUCUCCCAGUGUUGUCCCUCCGGGCGGUGUACCAGCCUCGCCGGCGGCCCCAGCCUCCUCAACAACAACAUCCUCCAGCACAGACUCCACCUCCACACCCACCACAUCUCCUCCCACUACUGCUGCCAGCACCACAGCUACCAGUGCAGCAACGCCCCCUGCAGGCCCAACAGAGGCACAGCAGCAGCUCUUACAGCAGAUGUUACAGACACUCGCCGGAGGAACUGCAAUGCAGCCACCAGAAGUCCGGUUUCGCAGCCAACUGGAGCAAUUAGAGACAAUGGGAUUCGUCAAUAGGGCGGCAAACAUACAAGCUCUGACUGCUACAAACGGUGAUGUAAAUGCAGCGAUAGACAGGCUACUGCAGGCACAAUGACACCCGGACACACACAGACACAGUAGUUGUUAAGGUCUGUACAGAUUCUACUGCGACAGGAGAGGGUACGUGUACGUACGACAUCCCUCCAGAGUAAGGAACGUCUUCCUUAACUUAAGGACGAGUCAAGAGAGACAGAUUUUAUGAGAGAGUAGGUCUUAAGGCCCAGGUGGGAAUUAUACGUUUGUAAAAAUGCUUACAAAAAGAGGACUGUAUCAGUUCUUCAUGGAAAAGUGUCAUGUAGGGACUGAUAGACAAAAUUAAGUGAAUAGCU